AUGGCCGGUAUUAGUUCUGGGAGCUACUCCUCGGAACAGACUCUUCCAAUUGACUGUCCUGAAUUUGUGGACUAUGCCAAGGUUAAGGGCAAAACUGUUCUCAUAACCGGGGGGAGCAGCGGCCUUGGUGCAGCAUAUGUUCAAAGCAUUUCGGAGGCAGGGGCAUUUGUUAUUAACGCCGACAUCAACCCACCACAAGAUGAAAAGCUCCAGUCCAUCUCACACUUUAUACGAUGUGACGUUACUGUCUGGGCGGAGCAGCUGGCGGCAUUCCAAACUGCUAUCAAAGACUCGCCAAGGGGCGGGAUUGAUAUAGUAAUUGCCAAUGCCGGCAUCUCAGGCUCUGAUGAGUUUUUCCAAGAUGAUGAAGGCGACGUGCCCACUGAGCCUAGCCUGAAAAUUCUGGACAUAAAUUUAGCUGGAGUUGUGUACACGGCAAAGUUGGCUACUUUUUACAUGGGUAGACAAGAUAACAGCUUUGACCGAUGUCUCAUUUUGAAGUCUAGCAUUCAAGGCUACCUCGAUACCAUGGGAUCCCCGACAUACGGUGCUGCCAAACACGGAGUUCGUAGUCUCAUGAAGUCUCUCCGUCGUCGCAGUAAUCUCCGAGUCAGCCUCGUUGCGCCAUGGUUUAUCCCGACCCCAAUCAUGACCCCAAUUGUUGUUGCUCGGCUCACAGCUCAGCUUGCCGAUCUCGGUUCCGGGUUCGCUGAACCGGAAGAUUGUGUCAGGGCCGUAAUGAGAAUUGCAACUGACGCAUCAGUGAAUGGUCGUGCGUUGGCGGUGCUACCUAGAAUUGUCAGAGUGUCUGGAUACACCGACCUGGACCUAGACGAUUAUAGAGAGGGGAGCUUGUGCUAUGAACUACUGAAUGUGUCCACUAAGCUCACGCAUCGCCAACUCCCUUCCCAUCUGCAGCGGACUUAG